ACGGUGGGAGGGGGUGGCCUUGUCGCUCAGCUGAGGUCCCCGCAGGAGAGGCUGGGAGUUGAGGGGUCCGGUUCACAGAAAACGAGGUUUCAGUCACUGGCUGCGGUAUUGGGAGUAAGGGCAUCAUGUUUGAUCAGCGAUUGAGCAUCUCUAGCGGUCCGUAAUUUUCGGUCUUUGGUUAGUAAUUAAGCGGGCCUGCCAAAUCACGAUUGCCGCCCGGUAUAGGUUGGUAUUUAGUGAUGCUGCUGGUAGUAGUGGACUCUGAGGUGGGUCAGCGACUGAUUGGGAAUUUGUGGGACUAGUGAUGGAGCGUGUCUUUGUGAUUCUGAGUCUCUCGGGUUGGGGUCACAUAGAAAUCAAUGGUUGGGCCCUGAAGACAGAUAUCCGUCUUUAGGGUUAUGUUAGGUCAAUGUGUGGGGGGCUGUAUUGGGCAGCUGUUAGGAGCCUGUGUGAUAGCUUAGGGAACAGGUGGUUUGCGACUAGUGAUUGGGGCUCCAGCCCUGAAUUGUAACGGUUUGCAUUCAGGCUGCAUUCCACACGCAUAUUGUGCUGGGUUUUCUUGCAUGGGUUUAUGCCUGUAAGGAUGUGAGGGUCAGGGAGAGUUCCCAUCCUUCCGCCAAAGGUUUUGUUUCCACUCUUGGAUCUAUCUGGUCAAUAGACUUGAGGCAGUUUAUAUUCUCUGCUACUGUCUGGUAGCUAGCUAAGUACUUCAAGCCAAAGUCUCUCAAAAACCCUCUCUCAAAGCUCCUUUGCUUUCUCCCUGUCUUCUUUCAAUGCAUGUGCUCUCUCUGGACAGUUUCAACCACACUCAUUGCAUCACCUUCCACCUUGAAAGCCAUGACUUGCCAAUCUAUAGCACCAGCCUAGACAUUUCUAAUAAGCUCCAGAUUCACAGUAGCCAGCUGUCUCCUACACAUCUCUGUGGGGUUCACUCACAGAACCUCAAUCUUAACAUGAUAGAAAUAGAAUAUAUCUUCUUAGUUCUCCAUACUUCACCUGCUCAUCCUACUAUGUUCAUCAUCAUGAAGAGUCACCCUUACUUCAGAUGGCCAUAGUAAAAAUCCUAUAGACAUCUAGUUUUCUCCCCAGCCUUCUUCUCCCCAUGUCCAAUCAAUCUUCUGGUCAUGGUGAUUUAGCCUCCCUGACAUCUCUCCAGUUUGUCUUCCCCAUUCCCACUGCUGUGGUCCUAGUUCAGACUGCAUCUUCCCUUGCCCUAAAUUUGUAUCAGGAAGCCCUUGUAGCAGAGUGUUGCAAACUAAGGGAAAGUCAGAGGAAGGAAUGGCUGAUUCUAUCCAGGAAAGGCUUUCUAGAGGAGGUGACAUUUGAACUGAGCCUAUACAUUUGAAGUGGUCCUAUAAGUCUAUUGAUGACAGUGACUGUUACAGCUUAUUAAAUGUAUCAAGCUAGUGAAUUGUGCCCUUUAGGACUUCAUUGAUAAGAGUUUGGGUUAAGAGGUCAGUAGGACAAUAGCUGCUAAAAAUAACAAUUUUUUUUUUUAAUUUAAAAAGUAGCCGUUUAUUUUAGAAAAACUGGAAAAUGAAAAUGCUAAAUACAAGUCAAUAGAAAUCACUUUUAAUCCUACACCAAAGGUAACCAUAACAUUUUGAUGUAUGUCCUUUCAGACAUAUUUUUGUUCCUUUCAAAUAUAUUUCUUUUCAGUAUAUAUAUUGUUUUAUAACCUAUUUUUCUUCCUUUGUAAUACAACAAGAACAUUUUUCCAAGUCUGUAAAUUCUUCUCUAAGGUACUUUAAUGAUUGUCUAGUAUUCUGUCCUUCCAUAACUGAUUUAACCAGUCCCUAUUGUUGAACAUCUAGGUAGUGAUAAAGCAGCAUUGUGAUGAAUAUCCUUGCAUAUAUAUCUUUAUGUGUGUCCUUGCUUUUUUUUUUUUUUAGGAUAAAUAUCUAAUUAUAGAUUUAUGGGGCCAAAGGAGGAGGAGAAACUUUUUAAAUGUAUAAAGGAAUACACAUUCACAAAGAUAUCUGUGCCUUCUGAAGAGCGACAGAAAAUGACCAAGUCUCAGAUUGAACAGGAACGUCCUGUACAGAGAUUUGUGUCAUUCAAGGAUGUGACUGUGGACUUCACUUGGGAGGAGUGGCAGCAGCUGGAUUCUGCUCAAAGAAACCUGUACAGGGAUGUGAUGCUGGAGAACUAUAGCAACCUUGUCUCAGUGGGGUAUCAGUAUCUGAAGUCAGAUGUAGUCUUAUUGAAGCAAGGAGAACCAUGGAUGGAGGGGGGAGAAAUCUCAAAUUGGGCCUAUCCAGACUUUGAAACUGGAAUGAAAGAAUUAACAACACAGAAGAGCAUUUCUGAAGAAGUGGUACUCCAUAACAUGAUUGUAUACUCAACCUUUGGAGACUGGAAACUUGAAGAUGAGAUAAAUCACCAGGAAAACCAGGACAAUUUUUUGAACCAGGUUGCAUUCAUUAACAAUAAGCCCCUGACUGAGGAGAUAGAUUGUGAAUGUAACAGUGCACUGGGGAAAGGAAUUCAUCUGAACAGAACAUCUAGUGAACACAACAGAGCCUUCAUGCAAAAGCCACACCUUUUUGCACAGCCGAAAAUUCUAACCAGUGAGAAAUUAUAUAAAUGUGUUCAGUGUGGGAAAGCCUUCAGUGGAAAGUCGGGACUUAUUGUACAUCAGAGAAUUCAUACUGGAGAGAAACCAUACAAAUGUAAUGAAUGUGAAAAAACCUUUAUUCAGAAGUCACAACUCACUGUACAUCAGAGAACUCAUACAGGAGAGAAACCCUAUGAAUGUAAUGAAUGUGGGAAAGCAUUCAUCCAGAAGUCAAACCUCAUUAUUCAUCAGAGGAUUCACACAGGGGAAAAACCAUAUGAAUGCAAUGAAUGUGGGAAAGCUUUCAUCAAGAAAUCAACACUUAGUGUUCAUCAAAGAGCUCAUACUGGGGAGAAGCCAUAUGAAUGUAGUGACUGUGGGAAAGCCUUCAUCUGGCAGUCACAGCUCACUGUACAUCAGAGAAUUCACACUGGGGAGAAACCCCAUGGAUGUAAUGAAUGUGGAAAAGCCUUCAACAGGAAGUCAGAACUAAGUGUACAUCACAGAAUUCACACUGGGGAGAAACCCUUUGAGUGUAAUGAAUGUAAAAAAGCCUUCAUUCAAAAGUCAGAUCUCAUUGUACAUCAGAGAACUCACACUGGGGACAAAAGGUAUCAAUGCAACGAUUGUGGGAAAGCCUUCAUCCGGAGCUCACAGUUCAUUGAACAUCAGAGAAUUCAUACUGGGGAGAAACCCUAUGAAUGCAGUGAAUGCAGAAAAGCUUUUAUCCAGAAAUCACAACUCAUUGUGCAUCAAAGAAUCCAUACUGGGAUGAAGCCAUAUGAAUGCAUUGAGUGUGGAAAAGCCUUUAGUAAGAAGUCACACCUCACUGUGCAUCAUAGAAUACAUACUGGAGAAAAACCCUAUGAAUGUAGUAAUUGUAGAAAAGCUUUCAGCAAGAAAUCUACUCUCAUUGUUCAUCAGAGAAUUCAUAUUGAACACAAAUACUUUUAAUGGAAUGAGAAAACUUUGAUUCAGCGAUCAAAGUUUCAUCACACAUCAUAGAAUUCAUUAAGCCUAAAAAUUCUAUGAAUGUACUAAACUUGAGAAGCCUUCAACAAUAGCUCCCAAACUAUUAAGCACCAAAAAUAAAUACCAAGAAGCAACUUUGAGAAAUCAUGUUUCCAAAAAUAAAUUACAUUGGACAUCUUGGUUCAGGCCUAAUACUAAAAGUUUUUUUUAAGUAUGAUAGAAAAAUCUCAACCACAUGCGAUUGACUUGUUCACUGUGUAGUACAAAUUUUUUAAAUGAGUGAGUAUAGUUGGCAUUUGAGCAACAUGGGUUAGGGGCACCAUUGCCCUAUGCACUUGAAAAUUCAUGUGUAACUUAACUCUCCAAAAACUUAACUAAUAAAUAGCCUCCUACUAUUGACUGGAAGCCUUACU